CAUACAAAACACAUUCUCCCCACCAUCUUUAGACCAUGUCAACACAACAAGAUUUCCACACUCAUGUCCACACCAUUUCCGAGGCCGGCCGCCUCCUCCCGUCGGCCGGCAGGUGGACCGCCAUCGACCUCGACUUCAACCUCCUCCCCCGAUCGGCCACCGGGCUCGAUUCCCUCCCUUCGAGCUUCUCAAAGUCCAUUGAUUUCAACCUCACAAUCACUGACAAACACCACUUCAAGAGGUUUCUUUACAUAGCAGCCUUCCUGCUUCUCAUCAUCCCUGCAUUAGUCCUUCUCCUCCAUUUUUUCCCACACAAGAAACACCACAAAAAUUCCUCCAAGAAUCUCACACUGGCCCUCAACCAAGCCCUCCUCUUCUUUGAUGCACAGAAAUCGGGGCCUUAUCGGACGAAUGAUCUGAUCAAAUUCCGGGGGGAUUCGGGGAUGAAAGACGGGAGUAGCAGUGAUAAACAUCCAGAUCUUGUGGGAGGGUUUUAUGAUUCUGGCAAGAACAUAAAGCUGAGCUCCACAACAGCUUAUUCUGUGACCUUAUUGAGCUGGACAGUGAUUGAAUAUCACCAGAAAUAUGCAGAUUUAGGUGAGCUUGAUCAUGUGAAAGACAUCAUAAAAUGGGGGAGUGAUUAUCUCCUCAAACUAUAUGUUCCUCCAAACAUCACUUCUGGGACUUCUGCAAUUCUGUAUUCUCAGGUUGGUGGGAACAACACAAACUCAGAAAACGACAUAAAAUGCUGGCAAAGACCAGAAGACAUGACUUACACAAGACAGGUCUCUGUCUGUGAUCUUGCAGCCUCGGAUUUAGCAGGAGAAAUAGUUGCAGGAAUGUCUGCUGCAUCAAUAGUCUUCAGAGAAGAUAAAACUUAUUCCCAGAAAUUAGUUCAAGCUGCAGAGAGCUUAUUCACCAUGACAAAUACCACAGCCAAGAAAGCCAUGUACACGACUAUAAACCAAUGUGGAGGAAACGCGAGGCAGUUCUACAACUCAACGAGCUACAAAGACGAGUUGGUCUGGGGAGGAACUUGGCUGUUUUUCGCCACUGGGAACGAGACUUAUCUCAAGUAUGCAACCGAGAAUCUUAAAGAAGCUGAGGAGGAAGAAGCGGUGUCUGAGAAAGGGGUGUUUUAUUGGAACAACAAACUCACUGCUAACAUGAUCCUGCUAACAAGAAUCAGAUUUUUCAGAGAUCUUGGCUACCCUUUUGAGUAUGCUUUUGUAUCAUCAACUAACAGAACUGACCUGCUAAUGUGUUCAUACACUUCCAAUCAAAAGUUCAGUAAGACAGAAGGGGGAUUGAUCCUCUUAAAUCCUGACAAUGGUGCCCCCCUCCAGUAUGCUGUGACUGCAUCUUUUCUCAGCAAACUGUACAGUGACUAUCUUGAGCUUCUGCAUAGGUUCCAUGGCAGCUGCAACAGUGCUGUUUUUUCUCUGCAAAACCUCAGAGAUUUCUCCAUGUCACAGGUGAACUACAUUCUAGGGGAUAAUCCUGGGAAGAUGAGCUAUGUGGUUGGAUAUGGUGAAAGGUAUCCACUUCAGGUUCAUCAUAGAGCUGCAUCGAUCCGUUGGGAUGAUCGUCGAUACUUGUGUUCAGAAGGAGAGCAAUGGCUGGAGUCUAAAGAGGCAAAUCCAAACACCCUUGUUGGAGCAAUGGUUGGUGGACCUGAUAAAAGUGAGAGUUUCUGGGAUGAGAGGAAGCAGCCAUGGUUCACAGAGCCAAGCAUUUCCAGUAAUGCUGGUUUGGUGGCUGCCCUUAUUGCACUCCAUGCUCCUCCUUCCCAUUCUUCUGCUUCAAAUAAUGGUGUGAAUCUAGGCCUAGACAAGUUGGGUUUAUUUGACAAAGUUCAUUAGGUUAUUGAGAUUUUCUU